AGGGGUUAGAAAUAAAUGAGAUAGAAUGAGAGAUGUAAAAUUAAUAUUAUAUUAAAAAGGGUUUAAAUAAGCUAGAUUGUAGUAACGGUUGUUUUCCCCAUUUGGCCUGUCCCUGUCGCACCCACAAAGCUUUGCGCUGCAUUUCACCUCGUUCUCACUGCACUUCUCUCGCGUUUAUGUCUCGUGCUCAUUUCAAACGCUGUUAAAGCGCUGCAAAAACGCACCCAGCCCCAAAAAGUCGAAGAAGCAAACGUAGUGAAAUCCGAUGCAGCAUCGGGAAAAACUCACAGUUUGCUCUGCCAGGCUGCCAGGCACACAGGCAGCUAAAGAAAAGGCUGCUGCCACUUUUCGCUUUUGUCCGUGGUAACACCACGUUUCAACUGGGUGUGGACUAAACAAAUCCAGCGCUUUUCUACGAUAAAAAUUUUUAAAAAAUAAUAUAGAUUUUUAAGUCUAAGACAGUGUCUAAGGCAGUGUCAAAUGAAAACGAUAACUCGGCGGUUUCACGGGCAAAAGGGGCGCUGCUGCAGGCGCGUAGUAUCCGUAAAGUGAAAGUGCGAAGGUCAACCCGCCCUGACCUGCCCCAAAAAUACGAAUACAAAUGCGAAAUACGAGCAGUGAAAAGCGAAAUUCGAGACACAACUGCUCUGCAAGUUUUUACAACAAACUUAAGAAAGCAAAUUAAAGUGAAAAGUGACGGAACAAACCCUUUUUACCAGAAACAAACCUUUUGUGCAAAGUGCGUUUUUUUUGUCGUGACUCCCUUACAAUUUUUGUAAUAACGAAUUUUCCCCCCUGAACGCAAGGCAUUUAACACUCAAACAAUAAGCAAUAAGCUUUAAUUUUUGUAGAACUUUAAGUAAAAGUGUCCGAAAACGGAUUUUAUAAAGCGUACUAGCCGUACAGGUUUAUAUAACGGAUUUUUAGGCGGGCAUGGAUUACUGGAGCUUGGUGCACCAAGUGUGAGACGACCUUGGGAGCGACAGAGCCCACUAUUGCAAGCCAGCAGCGCAGAUUCGGCCUAAAAGUGGCUGGCAGCAGCAGCACCACCAACAGCACCACCAGCACCACCAUGUGGUCCAACGCCCUGUGCACGCUGGGCGUGACGAAGCCGCUCUGCAAUUGUCUGAGCAUCAGACAAGUGGCAGCCGCAGCUGCGGCGGCGGCCCAGGCCACGCAGGGCGUUGCUGCCUCUGCCGCAGCUGCGGGUGGGGGUGGAGUGGGUGGUGGGGCCAUCACAACGGGACCCUCCUCGGCCACAAACGGCGGACUGUCCACAAUGGAGUCUCGCGGCAAGAGACCACUGAAAAUCUGGGACAGCUGGCGGAAUGUGCGCAAGGGCGUCGUAGUUGGGACCUUCGAGGAGCUCUUGGUCCGCGGCAAGGAUAAGCUGGGGGUUCCUGCUUCAGAACCGGUGCGCGUCGUUCUGGAGUGUGAUGGAACCCAAAUCGAGGAUGGCGAAUACUUUCGCACCCUGGCCAACAAUACGGUGCUGUUGCUGUUGAGGCAGGGCGAGCGCUGGUAUCCCACUGGCGUCGAUGUCAUAAAGGCUGCCAUAUCAGCUAUACCAAAAAUCGUCUGUGAGACGAUCCAUGCGCUGGAGUUGCACGAUGAGACACCGUCGUGGAAGAUCAUGGACAACAAAGGGCGUGUCACGGUCGUUCUGCACUGGGAUCAGCGGCAGGGUGGAGGAAGCGGUGGCGGCGGAGGCAGCAGCGGUGGCGCCGGCGGCGGAGGGGGGAGCAUGUGCUCCGGCCUGGGCAGCAGCAAUGGGCUGCUGUCGUCCGACAAGUACUCGCCCUCGAAGAAGGGCCUCUCCGCGCAGAGUUCGCUGGACAACAAGUCGGUGUCGUCGCAGUCCUCCCAGCCGCGCUAUGCCAGCCCCCAAAUAACGGUGAUCAGUGACGACGGACCGGCGAGCAUAUACCAUCCCGGUGGCGUUGUCCUGCCGCCAGGAGUUGUGAUACCCGGCGGCAGCAGGCGACUGUCCAAGCAGGGCAGCUCCUUCGACAGCACCGUGGGCGUGGGCGUGGGAGCGGUCCAUGUGCAUACGCCCGAGUGCGCCCACCACGCCCACACGCCCAGCAGGGCCGGCAGUCCCAGCACCACCGAGUGCGACUUUCACUGCUGUGCGCUGCACGAGGAGGGGCGCAAGAUCGCGGUGCACAAGAGCGUGGCCACUUCGCCCAUCCAGGACGGGAGCAGCAGUCCCCAGCCGCAGUCGGCACCAUCGGUUAUGGAUCCUAUGCUGGGCGGAAGUGGCAGCGGAGGCGGCGGCGGUAGCGGCAGCAUGCAGCGCCGCUCGUCGGGCGCCAAGGGCCAUGUGCGAUUCCUGGACAUCGCCCCGGAGCGGGACAGUUCCGAGAGCGAAACGGAGAACACGGUGAUGGAGGACGACAAGACGACGACGGAGAAGUUUCUGCUGCUGAUCGACCAGCUGUCGGUGGACCAGAAGCGUCACCUCAGCAUCAAGGACAUCGGCAUCAUACUGGAGCGCCUCAAUUCCAAGAUUCUCGACGUGGAGCGAUUGGAUCGCGAGUCCGAGUCGGACGAUUGCUACAACUGGACGAUAAAGGCGACAAUACGUGGCGAUGCGCUGCGCGAACUGGGCGUCAUCUACAAUGGCAACUACUAUGCCAUCUCCGAGCAUCCCGGCUACAAGGAGGAGCUGGAGGAGAACGGUGAGGAGGUCGAGGAAGAGGAGGAGGAGGACGAGGAGGACAGAAUUUAAAGUGCCAAUGGCGGGCAGUCAGACGGGCAAACCCACAGGUUCACAAAUGUCCCACGUCGGGCGCCACGGAAGGUAUCAAUAAACUAGCGCAUUUUACAGAAACAAAAAAAGAAAAAAUGAAAAAAACAAAAAAUAGGAGUAGCCCAGCAGCUCAACACACGACACAAUCUCUCACACACACACACACGCACACACACACCAACAUGCAUACAUAUAUACAUAUAUACUUAUAUAAAAUAAUUACAAGAAUAUAAUAAUGCAAGUCGCACAUUGUACAAUAGUGAAGUAAGCAUAAACGUGAAUUAUAAAAAAAAGGCGACAGCAAAGCAGCCACACACCCAGAAACACA